ACUUUCUCUUUCUUUCUUUUUUAUAUGUGUCACACUUUACUCUUUGUUAACUCAUAAAAAUAAAAAUAAUAAAAAAAAAAGUGUGACAUGAAAGCAAUAUUCAAGUCAAGAAUAGACACAGUACUUGAGUCUGAGUCUUCCUCAUCUUCACUCAAUAGUGAUUCACCAGAGUGCUCUCGAAAGUUUUGGACACGUCCUACCAACAGUCCUGAACCUUCUAGCUCGUCUAAUAAGGAAUAUUCCGAUACUCAUGAUAUGAAAGACCAAGGUAGUAAUCAUAAAGCAGUAAAGCAAGAGCUAAUACAACUUAGUGGAUCAUUUUUAUACCAUGACAUACGUUGAAGAAGAAGGAGGAGGAGGGAGAGAUAGCUUCCUUUCUCAUCCUAGGCACCCUAUUCGACACCAAAAGAAUACACUAGCUAUUGCAUCAUCCAACGACCCUCAAGAGACCAAGAACGAGUCAGCAAAUAAAAGGCACCAGACAAAACUACUUUUGGUGUCCCUGAUUGAAUCCUUAUGUCAGACCUAUGGUGACUCUCCCGAGUCCAGGCGCAAAAUAUUUUUCAUGAUCUGCCAAACACUCAAUAGCAUGGGCUUUAUUGAUUCUGAAUUUAUUGAUGAAGUAGCUAGUGUUCGAUCCACAUACCAUAAGGCAUUUGAACAUUUGUUUUAUACAGCUGCACAAACAGUUCGUCAACAAGAACUGAAUAUGGGUAAACAACCUCGUCUGUUGACAUCGCUGGAACAACAAGACAUCUUGAAGGAGCGUAUUGAAUCACUUUCUCGAGAACCAAAGCUUCAGUAUACACUCAGUAUUCAAAACUCACGUUACAAGAAUGAUUUUGUUCAAGUCAAAAUUUUAGGUCGAGGCGGGUUUGCCAGUGCUUGGUGUGCUCGCAAUAAAUUGGACGAUAUAGAGUAUGCAAUCAAGAAGAUUCGAUUGAUGGAUCAAGCUGAAGAAGGUUAUGAAAAGAUUUUUAGAGAAAUCAAGAAUCUAGCCCGACUUGAACAUCAUAACGUGGUGCGAUAUUAUUCGUCAUGGCUGGAAUAUGCAAUUGAUGACGACGAUGAUCAAGAAGAUGAUGACAAUGAAGAUUGGGUCUCGACGAACUCGUAUUCAAGAGCAAGCGUGUCUUUUACAGAUCAAGAGGAUAACUCAAGUGUUUUCAAUGGUCAAGAUCCUACGUUUGAUGAACCAAGUUCAUCUUUUGAUUCUUUGAAUAAUAACAAACCUACUACAGCAGAAGAAAUGUCAUUUAUUCAAUUUGGAAAUGAAGAAGGAGAAGGAGAUGAAGAACAAGAAGAAAAUAGCGAAAAACCAAAGAUUUACAUUCACCCUACUCGCUCAAAUUCGACCAUAACGUCGUCCAACCAGCAUAAAACGAAAAAAGAGGGUGGCUUUAUCCUGUUUAUUCAGAUGCAACUCUGUCCAAGUACUUUGCAUGAAUACAUCAAAAUUAGAAAUCAGAAUCCUAAAGAAUACUUUGACGAGCAACAAAACAAAGAUUUGUUCUGUCAGAUCUUACAAGGUGCUGCUUAUAUUCACCAACAGGGCCUUAUUCAUCGUGACUUAAAACCAAGCAAUAUAUUUCUUUCGAGACGUGAUGGAUCAUCUGAAGCAUUGAUUCCCAAGAUUGGUGAUUUUGGUUUAGCUGCCAGUGUCAUUCAAAACGAACAGGAAGAGGAAGCAGAAGGUGUUGAAGAAGACGACGAUAUGUAUUACGAUUAUCUUGCGUCGACAUUUGAAAGUCAACAUUCAACGCAAAGUGCCAUUGAAUUACUUGCUGCUUCUUCCUCUCCUUCAAGCAAUCAUAAAGAGAACAGCAGCAGUACGUCAGAUAGUAUUCUAUCUCUUUAUCCUGCAUUACCGCCGAAAAGGAAAACAUCUCAGUCACAAAGAAACAGGACAGGUGCUGUAGGUACGCGAACGUAUGCUGCACCAGAACAACUUGCAUCUUAUAACGAACCCUAUGAUGAAAAAGCAGAUAUUUACUCUCUAGGCAUCAUCUUGUUCGAACUCUAUUAUCCAUUUUCAUCUGCUAUGGAACGUGCUAUCACUCUUGACCGUCUUAAAAAGCAUAUCUUUCCUGAAACUUUUGUUAAAAAAUACUGCGUGUUGAAAGAUAUUAUUUCAAGUAUGAUGAGCCUUGAUCCUUGUCAUCGUCCAGCUGCACUUGAGUUAUUGAACCAUGCUUUCUUUCGAGACAACAAGUAUGCUCAACAACAGCAACAACACAGUUUAAUUACUACCAACACUGCAUUAUCCUACGUAUCUUCACGAGAACUUCACCAUGAUCGCGAAAUGGCCGAGAUGCAACAUCGGUACCUUCAAAUGAAACAAGAAAAAGAAGAUUUACAGAGACGGUUGGAUGAACUUCAAACGAAAUUGGAUGGAUGUAGUGUCGAUACCAAAAAGAGACAUCAUUCUUGUGAAGAAGAACAAGGCCAGCCGGAUAUGAAACGAAAAGAACUAUCAUAGAUAUAUAUAUAUAUAUAAUACCACAAAAACAUCCUCACUCUCUCCUAUUCAUUGUAAAUAAAAACAAAUUCACACUAUACAAGAAUAGUUUCAACUUGGCCGAAUUGCAGAGUCUCUAAACUAAGAAA